AAAGAGUAUAAUAUUAAUUACCUUUCUGUUUCCGUUACUUUCCACUCUUUAUAAAUAUGUAUGAGAACUAAACAUAUCAUCACAGAUCAAACAUUUUCCAACUACCAUAUCAAACUGUAUCAUCUUCACCUCACCAUGGCCUCAGUAACUUCCAUCCUUAAAUUCUUCUCACUACUAGCCGCCUCAUUUGCCAUUGUUCAAAUGGCAAUGGCAGGAGACCCAGACAUAGUUUCUGAUUUCUUAGUCCCAUCAAAUACGACCGGAGUUGAUGGUGCAUUCUUCACAUUCACUGGCAUGCGUUCCCUUAUUGGUGCUGAACCACCUACUGCUUUCAAGGUCUUGAAAGCGAGCAUGGCAGAAUUCCCUGCUCUCAAUGGACAGAGUGUUUCUUAUGCUGUCCUUCAGUACCCUGCCGGUGCUCCAAACCCACCUCACACUCAUCCUCGCUCAGCUGAGCUACUUUUCCUCGUCUAUGGAUCUCUCCAAGUAGGAUUCAUCGACACCACUAACAAGCUCUUCGCUCAGACACUGCAAACUGGUGAUUUGUUUGUAUUUCCUAAGGGACUUGUUCACUUCCAAUACAAUGCAGAUGCACAGAAACCUGCUUUUGCAAUUUCAGCUUUCGGAAGUGCAAAUGCAGGGACUAUAUCACUUCCCAACACCAUAUUCACCACUGGCAUUGACGAUAACAUCCUGGCUAAAUCCUUCAAGACUGAUGUUGCCACCAUUCAGGCUAUCAAGGCUGGUCUUGCACCCAAGUCCUGAGUGUAGGCAUCCUCAUCAUUACUUUCUUUCAUACCAUUCGUUUGUUGUCAUGUUAUUUCAGCUACUAUUAUUCCUCUUUUGUUCAGUAUCCUUGAUUGAGUGUUGAAUAACCUGCCUAAGAACUCACAAGGAUAGAAAUUGUUCAAUUGUACUAGCUUAAUGUAACUUUGUUACACAGUUAAUAA